AUGAAGGUGCUCCCUGCAUCUGGCCUUGCUGUCCUCCUCGUCACGGCUCUGAAGUUUUCCACUGCAGCCCCCUCCCUAUUUGCAGCCACCCCCAGGACCUCAAGGAACAGCUACCACCUCGCACAGGCAUACCUUGACAAAUAUUACACAAAGAAAGGAGGGCACCAGAUUGGUGAGAUGAUUGCAAGAGGAGGCAAUUCCAUGGUUAAAAACAUUAAGGAGCUGCAGGCUUUCUUCGGCCUCCGAGUCACCGGGAAGUUAGACCGGGCCACCAUGGAUGUGAUCAAGAGGCCUCGCUGUGGAGUUCCUGAUGUGGCAAACUAUCGCCUCUUCCCAGGUGAACCCAAAUGGAAAAAAAAUACUUUGACAUACAGAAUAUCCAAAUACACACCUUCCAUGACUUCUGCAGAAGUGGACAAAGCAGUGGAGAUGGCCCUGCAGGCCUGGAGUAGCGCCGUCCCUCUGAGCUUUGUCAGAAUAAACUCAGGAGAAGCAGAUAUUAUGAUAUCUUUUGAAACUGGAGAUCACGGGGAUUCCUAUCCAUUCGAUGGGCCUCGGGGGACCCUAGCCCAUGCAUUUGCACCUGGAGGAGGCCUGGGAGGAGAUACACAUUUCGACAAUGCUGAGAAGUGGACUAUGGGAAUGAAUGGUUUCAAUUUAUUCACCGUUGCUGCUCAUGAAUUUGGCCAUGCACUGGGCCUGGCCCAUUCCACAGACCCAUCAGCACUGAUGUACCCAACUUAUAAGUAUCAGCAUCCCUAUGGAUUCCACCUUCCCAAGGAUGAUGUGAAAGGGAUCCAGGCACUGUACGGACCUCGGAAGACAUUCCCAGGGAAGCCCGCUGUGCCCCACAGCCCCCCUCAUAAUCCUUCUAUCCCCGACCUCUGUGACUCCAGCUCAGCCUUUGAUGCUGUGACAAUGCUGGGAAAGGAGCUCCUGUUCUUCAGGGACCGGAUUUUCUGGCGUCGGCAGGUUCACUUGAUGUCAGGGAUCCGGCCCAACACCAUCACCAGCUCCUUUCCCCAGCUUAUAUCCAAUGUGGAUGCAGCUUAUGAAGUGGCUGAGAGGGGCACAGCUUACUUCUUUAAAGGACCCCACUACUGGAUAACAAGAGGAUUCCAAAUGCAAGGUACUCCUCGGACUAUUUAUGACUUUGGGUUCCCAAGAUACGUGCAGCGAAUAGAUGCUGCCGUCUAUCUCAAGGAUGCACAGAAGACCCUUUUCUUUGUGGGAGAUGAAUACUACAGCUAUGAUGAACGAAAAAGGAAAAUGGAAAAAGACUAUCCAAAGAAUACUGAAGAAGAAUUUUCAGGAGUUAAUGGCCAAAUAGAUGCUGCUAUGGAGUUAAAUGGCUACAUUUACUUCUUUUCAGGACCCAAAGCGUACAAGUAUGAUACAGAGAAGGAAGAUGUGGUUAGUGUGCUGAAAUCUAGUUCCUGGAUUGGUUGCUAA